AUGUCCCUAUCAAUUAGGUGGGUCGAUCAAGAUUAUAAUAUCCACGAAGACACGCUUGGUCUAAUCCAACUACCAAAUACCAAAGCCGUGACAAUUUUUUCUUCCAUCAAAGAUGUAUUGAUUAGAUGCUCCCUUCCCAUUAGUCAGUGCCGUGGUCAGGCCUUUGAUGGAGCGUCCAACAUGAGUGGCAUUAAAAAUGGGGUGCAGGCUCUGAUUAAGAAAGAGGCAAAUAAAGCCUUGUACGUUCACUGCCUUGCACAUAGUUUAAAUUUGUGCCUCAAAGAUGUUGCCAAAACCUGCAGUUUAAUCAGGGAUAUCAUGAGCUUCAUAUAUGAACUAACACAGCUAAUCAAAAUGUCCCCCAAGAGACUUACCUUGUUCGAGACUUUGAGAAAGGAAGUAACUAUUUCCACUGGGGAAUUGACACCGCGAUUGCGAAUGUUGUGUCCUACUCGUUGGACAGUAAGACAUGCAUCAAUAUCAAGCAUACUGCGAAAUUAUGCAGUCAUACAAUCUGCUCUGGAAGAAAUUGCCUGCGGUCACGAUGAAUAUGCAGCAAAAGGAAGUGGAAUGGUCUCAAAGAUGGAAAAUUUUGACACUUUCUUCGGCCUUAAACUAGCCUACCUCAUAUUCUCUGCAGCUGAGCAACUUGCAAUAAACUUACAGGCAAAGGAUACCACAGUGCAAGAGGCAGUCGGUGGAGGAAAACUUCUUGCUAGCCAUUUUAAGUCUUUAAGGAAUGAGGCCAAAUUUGAUCAGUUUUAUGACCAAGUAGUAGCUGAUUCUCGUGAAUUGACGGCAGAACCUUCUCUUCCAAGAAAAAGGAAGGCACCAAGAAGGAUUGAUGAUGGAGCAAGUCCACAUGAGUACCAAAGUCCGAGAGAGAGACAUCGUCACUUGUAUUUUGAAGUAACAGAGUUAACCGCUGGUGAAGUUGAAAGGAGGUUUUUACAAGCUGAUAUUCAGCUUAUUAGUGAAGUAGAAACAACCCUCUUGGAGUUUUCAAAUGAAAGAAUGACUGCAUCACUUCCACCUUCAUUGCAAAUGUACAUAAGUGAAGAGUUUGACCUGGAAAAGUUAUAG